AGCUGGGGAGAGAAACCCAUGGCAGGCUUGAGUCUCUCCCCAGAAAAGAUACAGAAGGAGUAUCUUUUCUUCCUGGGUCGUGACACCUGUUUGUGUUCAAUGGGGCAACGAAUUCACUUUGUGGUUGACCCUCAGGGUUGGUGCUGCAUGGGCCUAAUUAUCCUUGUCUGGCUGUACAAUACAGUCUUCAUUCCAAAGGUCAUCCUUUUUCCUCACUAUGAAGAAGGAAAUAUUUCAGUUGUGGCAGUUUUGUGUUAUUACUUCUGCUCAUUAUUUUGUAUAGGUUCAUUACUUAGAGCUUCAGUAGCAGAUCCCGGAAAGCUACCUGAAAAUCCAAAGAUACCAAUUACAGAACGAGAAUAUUGGGAGUUAUGUAACAAAUGCAACAUGAUGAGACCAAAGCGUUCACACCAUUGCAGUCGUUGUGGACAUUGUGUGAGGAGGAUGGAUCACCACUGUCCAUGGAUUAAUAACUGUGUUGGUGAAGACAAUCAUUGGCUGUUUUUACAGCUGUGUUUCUACACUCAGAUCCUUAGUUCCUAUACGCUGAUACUUGAUUUCUGCCAUUACUACUACUUUUUGCCUCUGAAAAAAGAAAACUGGGAUGUUUUUGUAUUUAGACAUGAACUUGCUCUCCUAAGAAUAUCUACCUUCAUGGGUCUAAUAAUAUUAGGUGGAAUAAGUCGACUCUUUUACACUCAGCUAAUGGGUAUUUUCACUGAUACUACAGGUAUAGAAAAAAUGUCAAACUGUUGUGAAGACAUAUCGAGGCCCCGAAAGCCAUGGCAGCAGACCUUCUCAGAAGUUUUUGGCACUCACUGGAAGAUCCUGUGGUUUAUUCCUUUCAGGCAGAGGCAACCACUGCGAGUUCCCUACCACUUUGCCAAUCAUGUCUAAACAGAUGGAUAGUGGGCACAGAUGGGUCCUCCAUGCUGGAAGUGCGUUACAGGUUUUAUGAUAAUAGGACUAUGACAGUCUUCAAGUCAAUUAAAAUCCAGUUGUAGGCAUCACAAUGUGCCCCAGGCAUUAUUUUAGUUGUGGUGUUGAUUCUGUUCUGAGAUUAAUGCAAAUUGAUUGUUUAACUUUAUGCAUAUUUAAUUUCAGAUUAGCUUUCCAAAGAGAUUUCUUUUGGUUUUGAGAUUAAUACCAAAAGCAAAUGACUGAAAUGCACUCUUCCUCUAUUUGUU